GGCGGCUUAGAUUUUUAUUUGAUGUUUUGUUUCCAAUUUUUCUAUUUGUUGAGAUUUUACUUUCUUCUAGGGUUAGUUUUGUCAUAACUGCCCCCUUGAAAGCCCUUUGAGUAUCGUAUCUAAUAUGUGUUGCCAAGCAACUAUUACUUUACUAGAAACACUCGAACUGAUUCCCUUCAAAGGUGUACACCUGCAAGCGUUCUCACGACGUGGUGAUCUCUGCUCACAUCACAAGAUAACAAAAAAACGCAUUUCUACAAUAAAGUUCGUACACGCUGGCAAUAAUCAAUAUCUAAAGCUCAAUAUGUCAUCCAUUUGAUUUUUUUUUUGCGCUAUUCAUAAACUCCUUUAUCUAUAUAACGUUAAUUGUUCGGUUAUAAUGUAAUAUUACCAACUGGCCAGUCGUAUUCGUAAUGUAAGUAUAGAAAGUGAAUUAUUCAUGCCUUUGUUUGUUCAAAUGGAACUGCUGAUUGUUAUUCGUAAUCGAGCUAUAUCCAUCAUAGCUUGAUCCGAUAUGAACGCAGUGAUCGUAUUAAUACGAACAUUCUUCAAUAAAUAUCUUGUCCUUCUUGGUCUAAGGGCAGCACUUGCCACCAUCGAAGGAUGUGUUAACUUCCAUCCAGUGGGCGUGGCAAACAGGACAAUCAUUUCUAAUAGUCAAAUGUCAGCAUCUACGUCAUUCUAUGCAUCGGUUGACUACCUUACACCUAAGUAUGGUCGUCUAGGAUCAAGACGAGCCUGGUGUGCAAAGAGCAAACGGAGUGAUGACUGGUUACAAGUCGACAUGGGGAAUGUCUAUCUUAUAUGUGGGGUAGCAACACAGGGCAAAACGUACAGGGUCUCCGAGUGGACUACUAAUUAUACUUUGUCUGUGUCACGUGAUGGAGUUACCUGGCAACCGUACCAAGAAAAUGGCGUUACUAAGUUUUGGAAGGGAAAUGACGACGGUUCCUCGAUUGUUCGCCGUAACCUCACUUCACCUGUCUGGACAAGAUACGUUAGGUUUUACGUUAACGAUUUCCAAGUAUUUCCAUGUUUGCGAGUCGAAAUCUUUGUGGAAUUCACAUCCCCGGUAAUCAAGAUGCACCCAAAACCUGCUAUCGUACAGUUAGGGGGGAAUUUCCGACUUGAUUGCCUCGCCAAAGGAUCGCCACGUCCAGAGAUCGCAUGGAAACUAAAUGGAAAUGACGUCAUUGGUCAACAACUAAAAAACGGAAGUCUUGAAGUUAAGAAUGUCGAGAAUGACAAAUCUUUUGAGGGAACGUAUCGCUGUAUAGCGAGAAAUUUAGUGGGCCAAGAUGUCAGCGAUGCCAACGUAUCAGUAUUCGAGAAACCAAAAAUCCUAGAUUCAUCGCCGCUCACCAAGUCAUUUCUUCUUGGUGCAACCGGUGUAUUGUCCUGCUACGCCAUUGGUGAUCCCCACCCUACAAUUGCAUGGAUGAAAGAUGGAAGCACGCACAUACCACGUGCCAAGCUGCAUGACGAUAAUCACGUGCUUGUGAUAAGCAAUGUAUCGGCACAUGACCAAGGCCUGUAUCAAUGCGUGGCUCAUAAUGAUAUUGGACAAGCAUUGUCAUCAACUCAUGUGAAGAUUUUAGAUCACCCAACAAUAGAUACUAGUCUCACUCGCAAAUUAGUACAGACUGGCCUUCAUCAAACUGUAAAUAUGGGCUGCUAUGGUAACAGUAUACUCCCUGUGACUUAUUCCUGGUCAAAAAAUAAGGUGUUACUACACAGUAACGAUAGCAACGGCACAAUUCUGGUUUUUGGUAAAAUACUAGUGGUGACACCUAAAGCUGAAAAAGAUUAUGGGAUAUAUACAUGUCAUGUCAGAAACAGCGUAGAUUCUACUGACUUCGAGAUAGAGUUGCGACCAAUUGCCUUGACAACCAAUCACUCUGUUUCAGGUCCAGUCCAGUCAAACCUGUCAUGUUCUCCACCAUCUUGCAACAAGAGACUAGGCAUUAUCAUUUCUCUAGUUCUAGUAUUUGUAUUAUCUGUGGCAAUGAAUAUUCGUUUUAUAUACCACACUUACCAAAUAAAGAAACUCUCAAAGACACCAUCGAAACCUAUACCAAUGAAUACGUUAACAAGAGAAGAAUCCAACCUCAUCAAAGACACUGAAAUUGCCUGGGACAAUUUACUCCCUGAAGCAUCGGCUCAAAGGGGAGCAUUUGUAAAUGCAGGGGUAAUAAGUGACAAAGAGGCAUUAUUUAGUAAACAAAUCAACAUACAGACAUGAUAGCUGCAUCAUAAUGAGUUGCUUGAUUGCACAGCAAAGACAGUUUCUUUAGUCCUCUAAAAAGGAUUAUAAAAACUAGACAUAAUUGAAUUUAGAAACAUUUAUUACUAUGUCUAUAUGCUUUUGAUGCCUACAUACAAUGAAAACCUGUCCUUUCCUUUUCUCCAGUAAUGGUUAAUGUGGUAUGUAUCAAUGGGGCAGCUUACCUUACUAACAUAUAGCCUUGGUAUAGCCUAAGUAACAAAAAGGUUUACAGGGAUUGAGUAAUUAUUUGUUCAAUUAACAGUUGAUUUGUCAUUGACUACUAGAAGGUUUUUAUGUGUGAUUUAAAACCUAUCCUCUCUUUGACAGCACAAAGUCCCAAAGUAUAAACGUAAUUAAUAGUCUAAGUUGUCCUAAGUUGGUAAUCUGAAAACAAAAAGAGAAAGUGUCAUUAUUAUGAUCUUUUGAGAUCAACAAGGUAUUUUGGCCUUGAAAAAUAUUGAUUCUAUAACUUAGUGCUCAUCAUAAAUGGCUGUAAAUAACUGAUUUCAAAUAGAAAACAUUUAAUAUCCAAACUUAUAAACACCUGGAAAUAUUACUGUAAUAUCAAUGUUUUCAUACACAGCCUACAACAAAAAUCCUACCUCCAUUUUGAGUGAUGUAUCGCACCCAUGGUAGGGCCUGGUAACCACUCUUUUCUAUAAUUUUCAGAUAUCGAACCUGUAAAGAACAGCAAAUUUUCAUUCAAUAAUCAUUAUUAAAUCACAACACCUCUGAUGGGUGAGGAAUAAUAAUGGAAAAUUAAAUUGUUAAAAUGUUU